CAAAAAGAGAGGCAACACUACAUGUAUAAACAGAAGAGCCUGCUUGUACCGGUAUUGGUAGUCUACUGUGGGCUUGCUGCGGUAUUGCCUACCGGUAUGUAGGCAAUGUCAUGUAACUGCAGACAGCCAAGGAGCGCCGAAAUUGUAAAUUCUGUUCUACGGACAGUGAGAUCAUGACAAGUUUGCUCCUUGAUGCUCCAUAGCUGUUGUGACCCCGGGAACCGGCCAACAGGCUGAGCCACCAGCAGCUAGAAAGCCCUCCAACGAUCGCACAUUGCACUACAUGAAGCUAUGCAUAGAAGGAUCCUAUCGUCGUUCUCUCAAAACCCGUUGGGUCAGAUCUCGGUUCCUUUUCCCAUACAUGUAGUCUAGGAAUCCGAUUCGAUACACGUCAGCCUGUCACCCUCAUCACGUCUGAGCAGAGUUCGAUUGAUAUUUGCAGGCGCAAAGGAACCAGACCAUCAGUGUGAAAGAACGGAUUGGAGGGAAAAUCUUGAGAAGACGAAAUUGCAGCGCUUGACAAAUAGGCUCCAUUGGGCUGCCAGAACUCGCUCGUACGUACCGUGGAGACUACCUAGAUCUGAUGCAGGUGGUAUCUUGGUCAUGGUCAAAGUGAGUUGAAGGUCCUGGCUAGCAUGAUGGUUGAUACUCCGCCUGAGAACAAACCACAUCCAUAGCCAUCCAUGGGCCUCAAGCCAGCGACCUGCAAUUUCACCCAUCAAGAUCUUCCGUCAGCGAAAGUCGGAGUCACACAUGCAGAACAAAAGCUUGAUCCACGCACUGAGAAAGCUCUGGGCUCUGGUUGCAAUCCCAAUGCCAUUGAUGCUUUCAAGUAGAAUAACAACACAGCGGAUACCCCAGAGUAUUGCUAAGCUAGCUAGUAGUAGCGAAGCAAACACAGAGGAAGGAUCAUCAUUAGCACUAUGUUUCACCACGAAGUUGAAGAAUCUGGCGAGAAACCCGAUGAUGCCUCGGAAGCAGCCACUGUGCCACCCUCGUCGCCAUCGAUAGCGGCAUCGCCGUAUUGGGGCCAGUCAACAGCCCCAGCCAAGCCAGAAGGGUUCUCCCCCGCGGUCGGUUUUUGCUUCGCCAUCAACUACAUCCUCGGGACUGGAUUCUUGACUGUGCCAUGGGCAUUCAGCCAAGGUGGUUUGGUUUUGUCCACUGUGGUCAUUAUUGCGGUUGGUUUCUUCUCGGAUAUGGCCAAGAACUACUUGUUGGAGACCAUGGCAAGAGCAGAAGCCAUGUUAGAUAAUCGGAUGCACUGGAUAAAAAGACAACCAGGAGACGAAGAAAAGAUGCGACUCAUUUACUCACCCGUGAUUAUGAGGACAGAAUCCAGCGAUCUUUUGCAAUCGACUCCUAAGCCCCACAACUAUGACAGUACUGGCAACCUUUCAGCUCAUGGAGGGAAACUGGCCCCUGCUUAUUCUCUUCCAGGCACGCCAGGAGCAAGUCUGCCAGGGACUCCACUCCCUUCUCAACCAGGAACACCCAGCAAACAACAGCAUGGCCGUCAUCUCAUCCACAGACCACCGCCAAAAUACCUUGUGAAACAUCGAAAAUUUGAAGUCAAUUCACUUUGCAGAGUUUUUCUGGGAAAACCAGGGCUUCGUCUGUACACGGCAUUUAUCUGUCUCUAUAUAUACUGCACACUCUGGGCCUACACAUCAGUUUUUGCAAGUGCCAUUGCCAAUGCAGUUCCAAUAUUGGGAGACGACAACUACGACACCAACUACCUCAUCUUUGCAUUGAUUUUUGCCGCCAUGGUUGUCCCCAUGUCCUGUAUGGAACUGGACGAACAAGUUGUUGUCCAAGUGAUUAUGACGGGUGCCCGCUUUCUCAUGCUGGCUCUCAUGGUUGGCACCAGCUCUCUGUGUGCAGACGAUGUCCACAACCACAGCAAGAAAACAUUUGAAGAAGCACCAAUGUUUCAUCUUGCAGGGAUUCACAAAAUGCUUCCCAUCAUGGUGUUUGCGCACAUUUAUCAUCACUCCAUCCCUGGCUUGGCCAACCCAGUCAAUAACAAGAAGAGUUUGAGUGGCAUGUUCCGAGCAACAACAACGUUCAGCACCAUCGCUUAUGCCUUUAUUGGAAUUGUUUUGGCAUCCACUUUUGGCAAACACAUUGAGCAAUCUUCUAAUCUCAACUGGAACAAUUUCACAGGCGGAACAGCUGUAUUGAACAAGGAAGGUGAAAUUGUUUCCGUUGCUUGGUGGGCCAAGGCCAUCUCAAUUUAUGUUCUGUGCUUUCCAGCCUUGGAUGUGGUAUCAGCUUUUCCAUUGAAUGCCAUCACUUUGGGAAACAACAUGAUGGGAUCUUACUAUGGCAAGAGGAUUCAUGAAGUGGAGCACAACCGUUGGAUACGAAUACGAUUCCGUCUUUUGGCAGGCAUCCCACCAAUCAUCUUUGGUAUCUUGGAACGACAAUUAGGCACCAUCACUGACUACGCAGGUACAACAGGUUUCAUGAUUGGUUUUAGCUUUCCUGCAUUGCUUUACCUACGAAGUCGAAUGAAGGCCAAGAAAAAGCACUUCAACGCGACAACCUUUUAUUCAUCCUAUGCCUCCUCCAGUGUUGCGGCCUGGGCAUUGUUCUACUUUGGAGCUGUCAUGGUUGUUUAUGUAGUGUGCUGCCUUGUGACACGCAUGGGUGACGAGGACGAUGAUGAGCGUAGACGAGGUAGGUCGUUGAUGUUUGUUGGGCCGGAUUGGCUACUACAGUGAACUGUGAGGGCCAUGUAUGGGUGUAUAUUUUACGGCUACCAAUAUGUGGAUGACAUAGACAAAACAGGAAUGUGUAGUGCUUAAUAGAAUUAUUCCAAGCUUG